AUUGAACUAUAAUGAGCUUCAGUCGUGCUAUUAUGAAUCGGUUCACUUCCGUUGUGAAAUGCGCAGGCGCCGGAGAUGCGAUCAAUCUGACAGAAGUUCUCAUGACGCCAUAGCGGGGACUGCUGGAAAAUAUCUCAGUUGUUUGAAGUGAAAAUGGCAGUGGAGAAGCGCUUGGCAUUCUCUAUUGUGCAGUUCCUGCGAGAUCAAACACACUGUGGUGCUUUGAAUUCCGAUGAGCAGGAAAGCCUUGAAGUCGCCAUACAAUGUUUGGAGACAACCUUCAAGAUCAACUCCAGUGACUGUCAUCUCGCAGCACCACAACCUCUCACUGAAAUAUUCCUCAACUCUCUCCUCAAGAAUGACCAGAAUAACCUGGUGCUACCAGAGACAUCCCCAUCACCAGAAGACACAGAAAGGGCAGAACAGUUGAAGAAUGAAGGGAACAAUCAUAUGAAAGAGGAGAACUACAGCUGUGCGGUGGAGUGUUACACAAAAGCCAUCGAUUUAGACCUCCGAAACGCUGUCUACUUCUGUAACAGGGCUGCAGCACACAGUAAACUGGGGAACUACACAGAGGCAACGGGAGACUGUGAAAGGGCCAUAGGGAUCGACCCUAGCUACAGUAAAGCCUAUGGGAGAAUGGGAUUGGCAUUGACUGCUAUGAAUAAGUACCCAGAGGCCAUCUCCUAUUUUAAGAAAGCUCUGGUUUUAGAUCCAGGGAAUGACACCUACAAAUCCAACCUGAAGAUCGCUGAGCAGAAACAAAAAGAGGCAUCCAGUCCUAUGGCUACGGGACUGGGAUUUGACAUGGCCAGCCUUAUCAACAACCCUGCCUUCAUCAGCAUGGCCGCCAGUGUGAUGCAGAACCAACAAGUGCAACAGCUUAUGUCAGGGAUGAUGUCCAAUGCGGUCGGUGGUCCAGCAGCAGGAGUGGGAGGACUGUCUGACAUCUCCAGCCUGAUUGAAGCUGGUCAGCAGUUUGCCCAGCAGAUUCAGCAGCAGAACCCAGAACUGAUCGAACAGCUGAGGAACCACAUCCGCAGCCGCUCCUUCAGUGGCAGCGCUGAGGAGCACUCGUGAUCCACACAGGUCUGUGUAUUAGAACACAGAGCGUACAUUUCAAUAGAGGAAGGGCAACCAUAUGUCGUGAUUACAAUCUCUACACCCAUUCCUUAAACUCACAUCACCGGCAGAGCUGGAAUGAAGAGACAGACGGAGAUGGGGACGAUGGCACUUUACUGGGACUGUAUCUUCAGAGAGGAGGGGAGAGAUGAGAAACAGACUACACCUUCUACAUACCUAAUAAGAAGAGAGAGUAUCCAACACAUUCUAUGUAGAUACAACCACAUUCUAGACACCCAAUUAGUUUCAAAAACAUUCCCACCAAUCAGGAGAAAGAAUAUUCAGUUCGAGACCCAAUCAGGAGACAGUCUCAACUAAUUAUUCUAAAUAUCCAACCCAGUGCACAGCAAAUAUUUAUUCUUUCCUCAAUAAUGUUCCAUUCCAAAUGGAUUUCUGUGUUUUGCUAUAGUGUGUUGUAGUAGCAAUGUGGAAACCAGUUCCGUGUUCCUAUACUUUGGUAUAUUUUGUUGAUCCUUUGGUCCGCACUGAUUUCACUGAUCCAACAGAAUUGUACGUAGGAGAAUGCAGGGGUGUAUAGUGAGGUGAAACAUUUAGAUAGAAAUUAAAUUAAUAGAGCUGAUGGGAUUUCCUAUUCCACAGUACCAGUCAAAAGUUUGGAAACACCUACUUAUUCAAGGG